CCUCCCGGGCUGCGGUGCUGGCGGCCCCGGCGCGGCCGAGCGGGCCCGGAGAGAACGAGCCGCCCGCAGCCCCGGUCCCCUUCCGCUGCCACGUGCGCCAAGGCCGACAUUGAAGCAGUUCUUUCGGCUCACACGGGCGGAAGUUUGCCCGUGUCGCAAUCCGCGGUGUUGGCAUUUGUGCCUUGCUGCCAUGGUCGUGGGCAGUACAAGCGGUGCCUUCACAAGAGGGUACUGAAACCCCCAGGAGGAGGCUCCAGUAAUCUUUUUGGGAGUCCGGAAGACACCACUUCUUCCAGCAGAUCACACAAGAUGUCAUCUAACAUCUUUGGAGCAGCUGAAGGACCUCAGAACCUUACAAAGAAAACAAACCCUCCAGGGGGGAAAGAGAGUGGUAUCUUUGAGGAGCCUAGCCCUCUUCAAGCUCGUCAGCGCACAAAUCCACCUGGUGGGAAGACAAGUGAUAUCUUUGGGUCUCCAGUGCCUGCCAACGUUGUUCGAGCACACCCAAACAAGCCCAAGGAUAGUAUCGUCUUAAAAGAAGAGAAGGCACCACAGGAACUAAAAGUUGCAGAAAACAACAAACUGCAAGUGGAAGACAGAGUUGAGAAAAAGGAGCAACCCAAGGAGCCAGAACCUAAGAUUGAUAAUCAUGAACCCAGACUAGGGCCAAGGCCACGAUCACACAACAAAGUCCUCAACCCCCCUGGUGGCAAAUCCAGCAUUGCAUUUUAUUAGGAACAACUGUCUGCUUUCACUAAUGGAGUCUGCACAGAAACUUUAUCUGUGGGUCUUGAGGUCAGUUUCUAGGCUAUCCCCUGGAGACAGAUCCUAUAGGCAGGGGAAUAUGGUCUGUAGUUUCCUGUCUACACUCUGGAUUAGAACAGGGGAAAGCCUGCUGAUUGCAGGGCCCUCUAAAAAAAAAAAAAAAAAAAAAAAAAAAAUGUUAUAGUGCCUAUAGAAAAUAACUGUGAAGAUUGUCUUUUAUUUGUGAGAGGGACAGGGGCUUAAUUAGGGGAAAGGAGUGUCCCUUUGUGGUGGGUGGUUAUAAUCACAUCUCUGGGCUUGCAGCUAGCUUGUGGUUGUGGACUGAAGCUUUUAGUGCAGGUGCCAUGAUGACAGUAUGUCCUAUUGAAUGAAGGUUUCAUUGAAAGGUGUGGGAUAACCUAAGUGAGCCCAAACAGGCAGUUCUCUCUCUUCAGGCAGUGUAAUCUAGCAUCACAGGGUGAGUUGUGAUCUGCAAUUGCUAUGGCUUCAAUUUGAUCUGCUCUAUUAAGUGGUGUAGCUAAGCUCCAAAGCAUUUGUUCAGUCUUUUGCUAUAGCAAGUGCAGAUUGCUUCCCUGGGCAUGUGACUUUAGGGUAAGGACAAACAGUGUUUUUAAAGGUAAGAAAAAUCUCUCCUUUUGUGGCAGUUUCAUGAGCCAUCAAAUGUAGUGAGCUUCCCAAGAUCACCUCCCCAUGGCUGUGAGACCCUCCACUUCCAUCAGUCUGUGUUGAUGCAUACUGCUAUUUUAUGCAGGUGCUUUUGGAAAGAUUCUUAUUUCAGUGACACCCUGCUGCAGUUUCUCCAGACUUCCUGGUAAAAAUGAUAGUGACUUGGGAAUGUACAGUAUUUGAGAUUUCUAGUGAGCCAAUUUUAGCCCAUCACCAGCCAUUAAGUAAAAGCCCUCGUGUGCAGGAAUUCUGUUGGUUUUACUUCUACUGCCUUAGAGAAACCACAGACUGUUCUGUCAUUGUCUCCACAGUAGCUCUUUUCUGUUUCUCUGCCGACUCUGUUAGUGAAUUCUCUUCUGUCUCUAGUCAGCCUUAAUUUGCCUUUGACUGCCUCAGCUUUUUGCUGAGUGUGGGCAAUCUAAGUUGCCAUCCACACAAACAGCUGUUGUAGCUGUCUUGAGAUGCUCUUAAUCUGAUUAGGGCAGCCUAAGAAUCCUUGCAAUACAAACCUUUGGCACACUGGUUAUCUUGAAUCAUGUUAGUAAAAACAUGUGCAUUGUUUCCAAUGAGCAGUUGAAGAGUGGCUGAAAGAUUUCACCAAUUUUGACUGGACUUUUCUUUGAAUAUGUGCAAAACUUCAGUGUUUUGAUUACACUAGGUGCUUAGGCUGUUGGCCAUUUUUAAUAAGACUUUACUGUCUGACUGCGUCAAAAAUGAGCGUUCUUCAGUACACCAAAGAACAAGCAAGCUUAUCUGCACAGUGGCUCCAUAAACCAGGAGCUGGUGUAGCCUUGGUUUUCUAAUCUAUUUUUUUUUUUUGCAGAAAAACUGUUCAGAUGAAUUCUCUUAAGUCCAGGUACUAAAACAACUGGCAGACUACUGUCUGUUAAGUACUCAACUGAUGCCAGCAAAGAUGAAUGGCUGCAUAAAUACUUACAGCUACCUUCUUGAUCUGUGAAAGCAUAAAUAUUGUCUUGGGGACAGAAAUGGCUCUGCAAGGCAGGAAUCUUAAGGCCUGCUAUAACUGACAUAUAGGCUUGAGUUCCUGCUCUCGGCCCCCUGGGGUAUGGGAAGAAUGGUCCCUUUUUUGGAGGUUGAUCUCGCAGUUGCAGUACCAAAUGGGAUGAAAGUUGCCUCUUUGGAUAGCAGUUUCCUCGCUGCUAUUCCUAUUUUGUUUGCCUGGCUAAAUUUGUGAGGGAGCCCUGUCCACUUUCUUCCUCACUGGUGUGUCAACUCCCCUUUCCAGUGUGGGCUAGGAUCUUCAAAACAUUAACAAGUAGUAAAGGUCAAUUGAAGCUUGCCCUUUUGCCUUUAGCAUUUUUUUUUAUGGACAGGUUUGUCUAUAGACAGUGUCUUGCUAAAGCUUUGAUUCUAAGCUCAGUGGUUUAGUCAACUUUCAAGUUUGCUGGACCUGAAGUAUUAGGGUGAGCAUUGGCCUACAGUGCCUGUAUUCUGAACAACUUUCAGCUAGGCCUUAAAACUGGUAGUGAUUCUGUCUGUGCAUUUUUUUGGCAUUUCCAUGCACUCAACAUCAAGUAAGUUUGAUAAGGAUGCUCUUUUUAAAUGAGGCUGAAGGGGAUUUGGAAUGUGUAUAAAAAUGGUAAAUCAUAAGACUUCUCAAUAAACCGCUGUAUUUUGUUA